AUGUCUGAAGAAGUUACAUAUGCAGAUCUAAACUUCCAGUACUCCAGUAAGACAAAGAAUAUUCAGGAGUCUGACAAUUUGGAGAAAAAAGCACCCUCCACUCCAUCCCAGUUAUGGUGUCAAAUGACCUUAGCCCUGACUCUUCUGUGUCUUCUACUACUGAUUGGAUUGGGAAUCUUAGGAAGUAUAUAUUACAGAACCAUGAAGAUACAAAUGGAAAAAUUGAAUAAUCUGAAAAAUAUCAAAUAUGAUCUUCAGACAAAUAUUUCUCUACAACAGACGAGCAUCAUGAAUCUUUCCAUCACACUGCAAAACAUGGCCACUGAAUUAUGUCGUGAGAUUUUAAAAAGCCAAAAAGAGCACAAAUGUAAACCUUGUCCAGAGAACUGGAAGUGGCAUGAAAACACCUGUUAUGGCUUAUCUGAUGGUACUGAAACAUGGCAAAACAGUGAAAGGAUAUGUUCUGCUCAGAAUGCCAGCCUAUUGAAGAUUAAGUCCCAAAGUGUUUUGAACUUUAUAAAACUCCAAAUACAGUCAACAUAUUGGGUGGGACUAUCUCCCCAGAAGGAUAACAAAGAAUGGAGCGAGUUAGAUGACAGAAUUUUGUCCUCUGAUUGGUUUACAGGAAAUGUGAAACACUUAAAUUAUGGAAUGUAUUGUGGAUGUAUAGACAAAGCAUAUGUUCAUUAUAAAUACUGUACUUCAGCAAAAAAAUUUAUAUGUGAGAAAUUGGCCAAUACAGUGAAGAUUGAAAGUACAAUAAUGAUUAAAUUUCCACAGGGAAGAGGAUAA